UUAAAAAUUUAUUUCUAGGAUGAACAAUAGUAUGAUUAUAAAGCUACUAGUGAUGAUGUACACGAUAUGUGCAAGAGUUGAGUUGAGUGAUAUAAAGAUAAUAGAAAACACCAAAAUUAUUAGUAAAGAAGGUAACUUGGUAAUAAAUCCAGAUGGAUCACUUGGUCCACUCAGAGCAGACAUUAUGCGCAAGUGCGAAUAUAUACAUAACAAACGAUUAUAUGCAUAUGAAAUAAACACGAUGCAUAAAUUGAUAAAAACAUAUGAAAAUGGCGAAACAGUUUACGAAUACGAAAGAAAGCCAGUCAAAGACAAAGCGUAUGAUGAUAUAUAUGACCCAAAAAAAUUUAAAGCAAAGAAUGAUUAUUUUCUUAGAUUUCAUACACAUCUAAUCAAUAUGUUUCCAUGCGCGGAUGGUGCACUUUCCAUCAUAGCAGGAAGACUGGAUGCACCCACUUCUUUUCUGAAAAAAGAGGAAGUGGAGCCACAGAGUAUGAACAUCCUGGCAGUCCUUUUCCUCCUGUCUGAGCAGGUGGAUAUUCCUAUUACUAUAAAAGAAGAAAAAGGAAAAGAAAAACUUAUUCUGACAAGUGUUAACGGAAAAACUGCAUAUAUUGACCAGAGCCUAGUACUUUAUGUAAACAAGAAAAAUUCAGAAGAAAAAAUUAAAACUUACCACACAGAAACAGUUAAACUUAUUAACUUUAUGAAACGCUAUGCAGGAGAUGCAAUAACUUACAUAAAAAAAGAAGGCUACACUGAGCCAGCUACAUAUGAGCAGUUCAUGGAAGGAAAGUUCUUAAGUACCGUGCAGUUCCUUAUUCAGUCGUACAUAUACGAGUUUAUUGAUACAAAAGAAAAUUACAUUAAAUUUGUAAAUGCUGUAUAUACUAUCUUGAAUGACCAGAUAGUAAAUGACAAUAAAUCUAUUUCAAAAAUAAAAAAAAGUCAUACAAAAGAGUACUUAACAAGUGCUUUAUACAAGAAAGUGUACGGCCAAAUAAAAUCGACCACACUAAGAUUAUUUGCGAUCUUAAGGAUACAAUAG